AUGAACACAUCCAAUGAACCUUCCUUCACCAGUUCUUCUAUAAUGAUUAAGAGACCGAAAGAUUUUUUUUGCAGUAUAAACUAUGCUGUUCUAUUAUGGUGGUAUUUUUCUUUUAUUAGAUCUGACUAUUCAACAUUGCCUUGUUCCUUUUCAAAAUUCUUUAAGGGUUCACUUUCUGCUGCAACGCGUGCUGCUGCUUUUGUCCGAGGGGAUGAUGUUAUUCACAAGCUAUUUACUGAACUGGCAUAUCGAUACAAAGACAGAGCAGGUGGAUAUACUAGAUUGCUUCGAACUCGCAUUCGAGUUAGUGAUGCUGCACCAAUGGCCUAUAUCGAGUUUAUUGACAGAGAAAACGAACUUAGGCAGUCUAAGCCACCGACUCCACCACUGCCGCCAAGGCCCGCUCUUGAUCCGUGGAUAAAAUCACGGCUUAGCAGGCAGUUUGCGCCCUCUAAAGAGGAGAAAAGCUCCGAAUCCGAGAUAUAA